AUGUGCACCGGUGCCGACUCCGAGCCCAAUGGGCAGACCAACGGUCACGUCGUUGACGCAAAUGGCGAUCACCGUGGUUUCACUGGCAUUGAGACCCGCCAGAACCCUCACCCCUCCGCAUCCCGCAACCCCUACGGCCACAACGUUGGCGUCACCGAUUUCCUGAGCAAUGUCUCCCGCUUCAAGAUUAUCGAGUCCACCCUGCGUGAGGGUGAGCAGUUUGCCAAUGCUUUCUUCGACCUCGAGAAGAAGAUUCAGAUCGCUCGGGCUCUCGAUGACUUUGGUGUUGACUACAUCGAGCUUACCUCCCCCUGUGCCUCAGAGCAGUCCCGUACUGACUGCGAGGCCAUUUGCAAGCUUGGCUUGAAGGCCAAGAUCCUCACCCACAUUCGCUGCCACAUGGAUGAUGCUCGCAUCGCUGUUGAGACCGGUGUCGAUGGAGUUGAUGUUGUCAUUGGUACUUCCUCCUACCUCCGUGAGCACUCUCACGGCAAGGACAUGACCUACAUCAAGAACACCGCCAUUGAAGUUAUCGAGUUCGUCAAGUCUAAGGGUAUUGAGAUCCGUUUCUCCAGCGAGGAUUCUUUCCGCUCCGAUCUGGUUGAUCUUCUGUCUAUUUACUCCGCCGUUGACAAGGUUGGCGUGAACCGUGUUGGUAUUGCCGAUACCGUCGGCUGUGCUUCCCCCCGCCAGGUCUACGAGCUUGUUCGCGUCCUGCGUGGCGUUGUCGGCUGCGAUAUCGAAACACAUUUCCACAACGACACCGGCUGCGCCAUCGCAAAUGCGUACUGCGCCCUUGAGGCCGGUGCCACUCACAUCGAUACUUCCGUCCUCGGUAUCGGUGAGCGCAACGGAAUCACCCCUCUCGGCGGUCUCAUGGCCCGUAUGAUGGUUGCCGACCGUGAGUACGUCAAGGGCAAGUACCGCCUGGAGAAGCUCAAGGAGAUCGAAGAUCUCGUCGCCGAGGCCGUUCAGGUCAACAUUCCUUUCAACAACUACAUCACCGGAUUCUGUGCAUUCACCCACAAGGCUGGUAUCCACGCCAAGGCUAUCCUCAACAACCCCAGCACCUACGAGAUCAUCGACCCCGCCGACUUCGGCAUGAGCCGUUACGUUCACUUUGCUUCUCGUCUGACCGGAUGGAACGCCAUCAAGUCGCGUGCCCAGCAGCUCAACAUUGAGAUGACUGACGAUGAAUAUAAGGAGUGCACUGCUAAGGUCAAGGCCAUGGGUGAUAUCCGCCCCAUGGCUCUCGACGAUACCGACAGCAUCAUCCGUGCCUUCUACCGCAAUCUCAAGUCUGGCGAGGACCAGCCUUUGUUUGAUCUGACUGCUGAGGAGCACGCAGCGUUUGUUGCCAAGGAGAACGAGUUGAAGGCCGCCCAGGCUGCCGGUAUUCAAGCAUAG